UUCUCUCUCUUAACCUAAAGCUUGUCAGUCUUCUGAUAUGAUCAUUUGUGUGUUUAACUGCAAUAUUUGUAUUAUUAUAUUAUGUUAUAAAAAUACAGUAUUAGUAUAGUUACAUUAUAUAUAGUAUUUGUAUGUGUGUGUUUUAGCCCAGGCUGGGUGAUUCUCAUGAAACUAAGCUUGAACCAUGUUAAUGAGUAUUUCUAUGUAAAAAUCAUUAUAAAAAUUCUAAUCAUUAUAAAUUUCUAAACUUGAACACAAUAGAUAUACUUGUGCUUUAUUGUGCACAUAAAGAUUACAAAGGGUUUAUUUUAGAUUUACAAAGAAUUUUCAAGUUCUAGCUUAAAAAUGAGGACCAUAAAUGUAGUAUAAACAAAAUAAUCAUUUACAAUAACAGUGAAUAUUUCUCUAAUGUGCACACUUUUGGACUAAAUGUUCAUUGGUUGUUGUUCACUGAAGCCUUCUAGAGAGACAAAUCAGCUGGAGUUUACACCACUGUAUAGGCACAGUAUGUGAAUCUUUAUAACAGUUUCAUUUUCGUGACUCAUUUUGAUGUUAUGAAAUGUUGACAAAUUAAGAAAUUACUGUUGUAGUAAAAUUUCUAUUGGUAAACAGUGGCCAAAUAUUGAAGCUGGAGUAUUAAACCUUUCUUAUGAUGUACUAUAGUUUGUCACAACCAAGAAGUGCAUAGUGAUAACAUGCAGUAAAUGUAAACAAUACAGAUCAUAAGGCCACCAGCGAUUUUUGCGUGAGAAUGGUUCAUGUUUUUGUAUCUUAUCAAUGCUUCACUCGCCUGCUACAAUAAUGUAAUGCAUUUUAAUUAUCUGAAUUAUUACAUUUAUAAUAUAUACAUUAUACUGUAGUUCUAAUUAUUUAAAUAUAACUAUAAUUAUUUAUCAUUAUAUAUUGAAUUAUUAUUAUUUGAGGGUCUUUCUCAGCAAAUAUUUAUGUAUGCGAUUAACUGAGAUUAAUUUGAUUAAUUAAUUGGCAUAUAAUGUAAUUCAUUUGUAAAAAAUUUAAUAAAUUGACAGCCCUACUUAAAAUAUUAAACUUCCCACUUCACCAUUCCUAUUGCUCAAAUGGCCUGACCUGACAAUAUCAGCCCACAAGUAGACCGGCCCACUGGGAAAAGUCCUGUAGCUCUCUAAGGCCAGUCCUUCCCUGACUAAAGGACAAUACACAAUACAUGGGCGGAAAACAACAACAACAACCUUUCUUUUCUGCUGUAUUUCAGUGGAACGAAGUCAACUUCUAAUGUUUUCUUUAUCCUAUUAAUUAUGUACUUAUUUUACCUGUGGUAAAACCUACAAAUUAAAUCUACUGCAGACAUAUAUGUUUACAACCUAUGUGUGAUUCAAAUGCGUCCCCUCACAUCUUUGCAAGAUUGCUUGUAUAAACUGCACACUGCAAAUAUAUUCCACUAUAAUCUUAAAACAAGAUAUAUUUACUUUACAAGCAAAAUGGCAUGAGAUAUUAAGUCUUGUUUUCAGAGAAAUCUGACAUAAUUUAGUGAACUUUAUGCUUAAAACAAGAAAAAAUCUGCCAGUGGGUUAAGUUUUCCCUUAAAUUUAGUUAGAUUUCUCUGAAAACAAGACAAACUAUCUUAUGCCAUUUUGCUUGUCAAGAAAAUGUAUCUUGUUUAAUGUUUAGAUUUAUGUAUAUAUAAAAUACUAAUUAAGAAAAUAUUUUUUUUGGCAGUUUUACCUUCUUUUAUUCAAUUGGCUGGAGAAAACAACUUGUACUUGACUCGAAACACAACAACUUUUAGGCAUGUUUUUCUUUCUAAAAAUAACCAUAUUUAUUGGACACGCCUCUUAAUUUCCCCCAUAGAAAUAUAUGGAUGUCUAGUAACCAGGUUUCGUUUCCCCCACGUAUAGCCAGUCCCUCCCUUGCCUACUGUCUGUACCUGCCUUCUUGCAGUUAUUACCUCAUCUCUGUUAUUUGAACCUGAGAACCUGACAGUGGUUUCCUCUCCUUCUGACCUAAUAAAAAAUGGGAUUCCACAAAAGGAUUCUGAGAAUAUUCUCCAUCCUUUCUGUGAGUAUCAUAGUCUCUCUCCUCUUACUGAACUCUUCAAGGAAAAAUUGCCCUCAAAAGGCAGAACCAGACUUGAAUCACUUACUAAAGCAGGAUGUUGGAGAACUAAAGGCUUGCUCUGCAAUUUUACAAGGAGACAUGGAUGGAGUGGACAACGAAAUCUUCAGGAAGCUCCUGGCCUCCAAGAAUAGAACAUCCCUGCUAUUAGAAUCAUUAUAUCUUAAUUCAACCAAGAACUGUCAAUCCUACAUCAGAGACAGAGGGUUUCUGACAGUUCCUCUCAGUAAGGAGGAGAAAGAUUUCCCUAUUGCCUAUUCCAUGGUGAUCCAUGAGAAGAUUGAGAUAUUUGAAAGGCUACUGAGAGCCAUUUACACUCCUCAGAAUGUGUACUGCAUUCAUGUGGACCAGAAGUCUCCUGAGAUCUUUAAAGAAGCAGUUAGGGCCAUAGUGUCUUGCCUGCCUAACGUGUUUGUGGCCAGCAAAUUGGAAAGAGUGGUCUACGCCUCCUGGUCUCGAGUUCAAGCGGACAUCAACUGCAUGCAGGAUCUGCUCAAGUCACCUGUCCAGUGGAGAUAUCUGCUCAACACCUGUGGCUCUGAUUUUCCCAUUAAAACCAAUGCAGAAAUGGUGUGGUCUUUAAAACAUCUGAAUGGGAAGAACAGUAUGGAGUCUGAGGCCACAAAUGAUUACAAAAAAAGGCGCUGGCAGUAUCAUCACAAUGUUACAGACAUUGUGAUUGAAACCGAUGUUAAAAAGUCACCUCCACCAAUAAAGUCCCCCAUGUUUUCAGGAAGUGCUUACUUUGUAGUUUCAAGAGAGUUUGUGGACCACUUCUUCAAAAGCAAAGAGAUUCAGGAUUUCAUGGAAUGGGAGAAAGACACGUACAGUCCAGAUGAGCACAUGUGGGCUACAUUACAGAGGAUGCCAUCAGUGCCGGGAUCAAACCCUCCCAACAGCAAGUACGAGCAAUCGGACAUGAAUGCAAUUGUUCGUCUGGUAAAAUGGAGCUACCUUGAAGGGGAUCUAAAAAAUGGGGCUCCCUACUCACCAUGCACUGGGGAACAUAGACGGGCAGUAUGUGUGUAUGGAGCUGGGGACUUGAAAUGGAUUGUGAGGCAACACCAUCUCUUAGCAAACAAGUUUGACCCAGAAGUAGACGACAUCGCAAUCAAAUGCAUAGAGGCUUUUUUAAAGUACAAAGCUAUUUAUGGUGGGAGAGAGCAGUGUGUAUUGUAGAUGCAAUGGCAUCAUCAGUGGAGCGGUUGUUGCGGUAAGCAAACUGCAGCGGGUCAAGAUUGAGUGGCAAGACAGAGCAGAUGUAAUCUCUGAUUAGUCUCUCAAAGCAUUUGCUGAUGAUGGGUGUCAGAGCAACAGGACGCCAGUCAUUUAAACAAGUUAUUUUUGAUUGUUUUGGAACAGGCACAAUGGUGGAUGUUUUAAAGCAUGUGGGGACUACAGACAAAGAGAGGGAAAGGUUGAAAAUGUCCGUAAAAACCUCAUCUCUGUUAUUUGAACCUGAGAGGCUGUUUUAAAUCUCACAGACAGUGGUUUCCUCUCCUUCUGACCUAAUAAAAAAUGGGAUUUCACAAAAGGAUUCUGAGAAUAUUCUCCAUCCUUUCUGUGAGUAUCACCAUCUCUCUCCUCUUACUGAACUCUUCAAGGAAAAAAUUGCCCUCAAAAUGCAGAACUGGACUUAAAUCACUUACUAAAGCAGGAUGUUGGAGAACUAAAGGCUUGCUCUGCAAUUGUUCAAGGAGACAUGGAUGGAGUGGACAACGAAAUCUUCAGGAAGCUCCUGGCCUCCAAGAAAAGAACAUCACUGCUAUUAGAAUCAUUCUAUCUUAAUUCAACCAAGAACUGUCAAUCCUACAUCAGAGACAGUGUUUGUGUUUGUGGCCAGCAAAAUGGAGAGUGUGGCCUAGGCCUCCUGGUCUCGAGUUCAAGCGGACAUCAACUAUAC